CAACUUGCCCUUGUCAUUCCACUCCUGCACUCCGGCCAGUUCUCUCUUUCGAUUUGCUCUCUUGGCAUAUAAACAGCUUGUCUUUUUUCUUUCUGAAAUAUUGGUGAAGAUGGAGAUUGGACACAGUUUUGUUGUAAACUGAGGGGCGGCUUAUUCAGUCUGCUUGUGAAAGGCUUGCCGGCAGAGGGAUUUUGUUUAAGUUCAUCAUAGACAGGAGGGCACCAGGCUGAUGAUCAUGGCAAAAGAUCUGUACUCCGAGAAUGUUUAUGCCUAUGCUUUGGCCAAAACUCUUGCAAAAGUCCAUCCUCCUAUGACUGUGGGCUUAUACUCUUCAUGCCACACCAGGAUCAAAAUGAUCCUCAAAAACAUUGAAGGUCACAUGAAUGAUGAAGCAAAGAGAAGAGAGCAGAAGUGGGUGGGAACAUCAAAGCCUCGACCGGUGAAGGCCUCUAUUGGAAACCUGCUUUCACUAAUCACUCGUCUUGUCUUCUAUCGACCCGUGUGGACGGAAGAAAACCAGAGCAGGGAAUGUGUCCGCUACAUCUUUGUGAAGUUCAGUGCUUGGCAUUUUGCAGGCAGUGACAUGCUCUGGGCUGGCCUGGUGAUGCACUUGUGCCAGACUCUGCAGGACAGCUUUGGCAAGCUUCAGCUCAGCCUCUUCCGCGUGGCUCAAUAUGACGUGGAAAAGUAUUCUAAGAAAAAGAAGAUAGUAGACAGCUCCCAGAACUGGAGGCCAAGGAUGGUCUUGUGCUGCCCACUAUGGGCCUUUAUUUUGAUGGCAUUCAUUGGGUCGCUCUUCAUUCUGGUCCCUCUUAUUGUUUAUGGGUUUCCCCAACGAAAGAACGAAGGGGAAGGAGAGAAAGAUACCAGUGGGAAUAGUGGGUAUGGAGUGCUUGAGGGAUUUGCAAUUGCAGCCCUUGGAGUUCCAGCAGCUGGAGCUGUGAGAUUCACCGUCAUGUUGGGCAAGAACCUUAUCUUUAACCAAGACCUCAAUGUCAGAAGGCGCUUGGACAACAAGAAGGUCAGUGAGCAGCUGGGCUUAAUGCAUGAGGUUCGGAAGGAGAUGAGGUUGCUCUCUUGCUUUAUUCACUUUAUGGAAAUCUUUGAGAGACGGAAGAUUAAAGUGGUGCUGGAGAUCACCAGUUUAGACCGCUGCACACCAGAAAAAAUUGUCGGAGUCUUGGACGCCAUCAACAUUCUUCUGUCUGAUGAGGAAAGUCCCUUCAUUUCUCUAAUUGCAGUUGACCCAGAAGUGCUUACCCAACAAGUAGACCAGGCAAAGGGUUGCUUCACUAAAAAGGACAGAGCGUAUAGCUUCUUGGACCGCAUAAUCACACUGCCUUUCACCAUUCCACCAUUGUGUGAAGUUUCAAAGUGCAAGGUCUUCCGAAAAAUUGUGUGUGGUCAGUCUGAAAUCUCCAACUCCCAGUUUGAUGAGGUUGACAAAUGUUGUGAAUCAGAGACCUCUAUUUCUGUAGAAGACAACUCUUCAAUAACAACCAGCCUCAUUCAAGGUCAAGUCACUCCUUUGACCACAAAGCCACAAAAUGCUGAAACAUAUGGAUUUCGGAAUUAUGUGUUUGAUGAGAAUGAGGUGGAAAAGUUAAUCCAGUCUGCGUUUGAGAGCAUUUUCUUGCAUAACCAGGGUAGCCUUCACACCUACGUCUCAGACAACACUGUGUCCAUGAGGAGGGUGAUCAACUCCAUCAGGGUGACCAUAAUGGUCAUGGAAGCUUUUAAGAUUGAGGUUCCUCCACCUGAAAGAGUUGCUGCUUGGGUCGUGCUCGUCGACCGUUGGCCUUGUAGACUGAGCUGGAUACUUCAAUGUGUGGAGGAUGAAGAACAGAACCUUCAGAUAAAUGAAAAUGACACUGGAACCCCAGCUGAUGUGAAUCAUGACAAGACCCUUUGGAAUGUGUUCAGUGAGCACAGGGUGGAGCUCCAUUUGAUUGGGGAUGAGGUGGAGAAGUUCCUGGAAAGAGAUGAUGACCCAGAGCUCUUUGAGAAGUUCCUCAGAAAGGACUUUGAAUUCACAGUUGGAGAGAUGGCUAAAUUUAAAUCACAUACGGUUAAUCUGGACUGUUCUAUCAAGAAUGAGCUGGCGAGGAUCAGAGGAAGCAAAAGAGUGAAAGGAACACGGAGAAGUUUUUUCAACACUUUAUCUCCAAAAAGUGUAAUCAACAUGUCUGAAGAAGAUGUUUGCAGUGAGUUAUCCAAGUUGAAGCUCCCUGAGAAGUACAAUCAACUUGUGAUGGAAAAUCAUAUAAAUGGCCCAACGCUGCUCCUUAGUGACCCAGCCGAUCUGAGACAGGUCAUGCAGAUGACUCUUGGUGAAUGGACAACUUUUAGGAUUCACUUUCUUGGGGUCAGGUCGUUUGGUCACCGGAGCCAAACGAAAUCCACACCAGUAAACCCAAAGCCUAAUGUGGUCAUUUGCCCCUCUGGUCUAAAACAUGACCAUAUGACUUAACACCUCAAUAACAGUGUAGUUCAUGUAGUUCUAAAUAAAAUAUAACAUAUUUUAAGUAGUUUAUAUUAAGUGUUAAAUUUCUACAACUUGUAACUAUCAAACCUUGUAGAAAACAUUGACCAUGGUUAGACAACUAGUGUUAGUUUGCCCCCCUUCAUCACUUGAAGAGUUUCUUUUUCUCUAACCCUUUUGUACCAACCUUUAAAACUACUGCAUUUUCAGCUGGGAAUUCUUGUGGUGAGUUUAGAUCUUUAUAUUUUUGUAUGUGUCCAAAAACUGAUUUAAUAGCUAUUUCUUUCUUGUGGCUGCCUGCCACCCAACAUCCCACAGAUUUCUAUGAAAAAACAAGAAAACAGAAAAGAAUGGAAGCUGUAACAAAGGUGUAUGUGAUAUUAUAUUUAAUUGUUAAGGUUUGUGAGUAGCUUUCUGUCUUUUUUUUCUGAUUUUUUCUGAUUUUUUCCUGAUGCUGAAAAAUGAAUAAUUUGUACUAAAUGGCCAUUUUGAAUUGAACGUUCAUGAGUUACAUACUGUGUCCAUAUACUUUACUCAGCAACACUUCUUUCACUGAACAGCACACACUUUCCUCCCAGAGCCAGACUUGCAAGAACAUCAUCUUAGAAUUUAAUGUAUGCUGGCUAGUUAGACUAUUCCCAGAAUGAGACACUGGAUAACAGCUUUGAUAUGCAAUUGACUUUUCCAGACUAUAAAUUGUUCAAGUUUGAGAGAUGAAUACAUCUGCAGAAUGGAGGCUUUGAACUCUUGGCUUUAGUUCUAAUGCUUCUCUGGGACUGAAGUAAAAAUAGACUAUAAGUGUUUCUUCACUGUACUAUGUGUGAAAUGAAAUGACAUUCAACAAAGUAAGUCAACUGAUGUACUGUACUUUGUAGACUUUGUAGCAUCACAUAACAAUUAGCAGUCAUUAAAAGAAGUUUGGGAUUCAUUAAAUAUUGAUUAAUCAG